AUGCCUGCGACCGAGUCGUCGCUGAGACAAUCACCAGCGUUAUUUCAACGCCCGACUACGCCGGAGGCACCAGUCACCUUUGAGGUCAUCGGCACCACGACGGCAGGAGACAAGCCGCAUUCAAGAGCGGAUCAUUUGAGAGAUGGAAUUCCCCCGUGCGUGGAAAUCAUGACGGGCGCGCCAUUCCCGCUUGGCGAGGAAAGUGAGCGAUUUGACUGUUGUGUCCCUGUUGAGGUGGUUGUGACCGAGAACAAAUCCUCGAACCGUCGGUAUAUCUCCGUCUCCAAACCGGCCAAACGGCGCCAGCAUAGGAGAUCUGCCGGGGGUGACUUCACCAAGGGCGAUGUUAUAGUGGAGGCAGGGGAGUGUAUUCAGCCACAUCACAUCAUGGCGCUGGCGUCCGUUGGUGUGAGGGAGGUUCCUGUCCUGCGCAGACCUCGAGUUGCAGUUUUCUCGACGGGAUCUGAGCUUCUGGACGGUGUCAAAUCCCACCAGUUCAUGAUUUCCGAUGCAAAUGGUCCGUAUUUGACCUCAAUGCUGCGUAAAUGGGGAGUCGAUGUGGACUUUCGCGGAGUCAUCGUUGACCACCAAGGGACUAUGGAGGAGGCAGUUCGGUCCGCACUUGAUGAUGAGUACGACAUGAUUGUGACUUCUGGCGCGGUCUCAGCCGGUCGAUGUGAUCUCAUUCCCGGUUUGAUCGAGCGGAUAGGAGGCCGGACUGUUUUCCACAAGGUUGCUGUCAAGCCAGGACAUCCGAUCUUAUUCUCCAUGCUUCCUCGGGAAACGGGUGAAACGGCGUUCUUCGGGCUGCCAGGGAACCCAGUCGCGGCGGCGGCCUGUCUUCGCUUCUUCGCCUUGCGAUAUCUCCAGACACUUCAGCUGCAAAGGCCAGAACAACCGCGGGUGGCCGUUCUCCGGUUGUCACGCGAAGAUACCGACUCGUGCAACGGGACGAAGAGAGACCUGACAUUCCAAAAAGAGCCAGACAUCUUCCGACCGGCGAUAUCACAGUCCGGGCAAGUCUGGAUCAUCGAAGACCAUAGUCCCGGCAAGACAAAGCCGUUCCUGCAAGCCGAUUGCUGGGUGCAUAUUCCGAGUGGGGUGUCCGAAUUGCGCGCGGGGAGUCCAGUUAGCAUAUACCCUUUCUAA